CUUCUCAGCAAAGCCUAGAACGGCUCAUCAGCUUCUCCAUCGACAGGGUUUAGAAGGUUUUAGAGGCAGCGGCAAGCAAUGGCUCCAAAAGUUGAGAAGAAGGCAGAUCCUAAGGCACAAGCCUUGAAGGCUGCCAAAGCAGUGAAAUCAGGAGCUACCUUUAAGAAAAAGGUCAAGAAGAUCCGAACAAAGGUUACAUUCCACCGGCCAAAGACCUUGAAGAAGGAUAGGAACCCUAAGUAUCCACGCAUUAGUGCUCCACCAAGGAACAAGCUUGACCAUUAUCAGAUUCUCAAGUUUCCCCUCACAACUGAGUCAGCUAUGAAGAAGAUUGAAGACAACAACACUUUGGUUUUCAUUGUUGACAUUCGUGCAGACAAGAAGAAGAUAAAGGAUGCUGUCAAGAAGAUGUAUGAUAUUCAGGCCAAGAAAGUGAACACCUUGAUCAGGCCUGAUGGUACAAAGAAGGCAUACGUUAGGUUGACACCCGAUUAUGACGCCUUGGACGUGGCAAACAAAAUUGGAAUUAUCUAAGCUAGUUGGUCGCUGCGUUGUUUUGAGCAUUUGUUUUUUGUUUUGUUUCAAAGAAUGGGACAGUUGUAUUGAGACUUUGAGCCAGGAAGAUUUAAUUUUAUCAUUUAACGUUGUAAUCUUGCGUUACCUCCAGUUAAUCUUCUGCGGUUUAUCUUGAGACAUAAGUUUUUUUUU